UACAAAUCGGGCGAUAUGGUGAAUGCAACGUGUAUACUGUUUGAAUUCUCCAUCGUGUAAUGCCGGAUGAUAUUUCGACUUGCAGACUAGACUCUCGACACACAGCUAGCUGAAUUGUCCUGCCGUUUCGUGAUCUCUAGUACCGCAUAAAAUUCUUCUGACGCAGACGAUCUUAUAACGAGAGAGAAAAAGGACUACAAUACUUGAUUGGAUUCAACUCCUGAAUCGAAUGGUUUUGGAAAGGAGUUGGAAUUUAACGAGAAGUUACAGGACUGCUGCAUCGGAUAAUAGAAUCUUAAAUUGGGAUAUCAAUGAGAAAGACAUUGUCAAGCAGAGGAUAUAGUCGUUGAUUACCUCAAUAAAGAAUAGCCUGAAGCGGAGAGGAUUUAUUCAGUUACUAACUGCUCAUGGGAAGGCAGAGAAUUUACAUAAUUCCAUGAUAUUACAUUCCAUAACGUUAACCAAGCACUUUGGACAAGCAUAGACAAGAGACCUGCCUUCUGAGAAGUCCGUCCGUGCAGCUCGCAGCAUUCCAAGAUGGCUGUGCAUUGGGGAGGAGUCGUUGCCAUAGUGAUAUUCUACCUGUUGAUUCUGGGUGUGGGACUAUGGGCGGCGAGGAAAGGCAAGGGGAGCAGCGACACAGAAGACGUGAUGAUUGCCGGUAGAAAUAUAGGCGUGGCUGUUGGGAUAUUUACAAUGACAGCUACAUGGGUAGGAGGAGGGUACAUAAAUGGUACAGCAGAGUAUGUUUAUACACAAGGCUACGGGUUGCUAUGGACACAGGCUCCAUGGGGCUAUGCUGCCAGUUUAGUUCUUGGUGGUCUUUUGUUUGCAAAGCAGAUGAGAUCUCAAGGCUACGUAACCAUGCUGGAUCCGUUCCAGCUGAAAUAUGGCUCCCGUAUGGGAGGACUUCUCUUCUUACCAGCCCUCAUGGGUGAGCUAUGCUGGUCCGCUGCCAUCCUUUCUGCUCUAGGUGCCACAAUUAGCGUCAUCUUGGAGCUAAACAUUGAGGUAUCGGUGACCAUCUCGGCGUGUAUCGCAGCGUUCUACACAUUCUUUGGUGGACUUUAUUCAGUAGCUUAUACAGAUGUUAUACAGCUCAUCUGCAUCUUCUUUGGUUUGUGGCUAUGUAUCCCAUUCGCCAUGACCAAUGAUGCCGUCCAGCCAAUCACCAACACUUCCAGCGAGUGGCUCGGUCAGUGGGACAACAAGUAUGCUGGCGUCUGGUUUGACUAUGCACUUUUACUGAUGUUCGGAGGUAUCCCUUGGCAGGUGUAUUUCCAGCGUGUCCUAUCAUCCAAGAGUGCGGAGAGGGCCCAAGCACUCUCCUACAUUGCUGCUUUCGGCUGCAUCAUCAUGGCAGUCCCACCUAUUCUCAUUGGCGCGAUCGGUUACAGUGCAGAUUGGUCACAAACUAGGAUAAACCUCAACAAAACGAAACCUGAGGAGAACCAAGCGUUGAUUCUACCUCUUGUCAUCCAGUACCUGACACCUCCUUGGGUCUCCUUCGUCGGUCUUGGUGCCGUGUCCGCUGCAGUCAUGUCCUCCGCAGACUCCUCCAUUUUGUCCGCCAGCUCCAUGUUCGUCAGAAAUGUGUACAAACUGGUGUUUAGGCAAGGGGCAACAGAACGUGAACUUCUCUGGGUUCUGAGGAUAUCUAUCAUCGUAGUAACUGCUCUUGCUCUUGUCAUGGGGUUGACCAUCAAGUCAGUAUAUGCCCUCUGGUUCCUGUGCUCAGACUUUGUCUAUGUGAUUCUGUUCCCUCAACUCUUUUGUGUGGUCUACUUCAGCAAAGUCAACACCUAUGGUUCUCUGGCUGCGUACGCGGUAGCCCUGUUGCUACGGUUAGGGGGUGGUGACACCACCCUCAAAAUACCUCCUUUCAUCAAAUAUCCUCUAUACAACAGCGACGACGGGCAGUUGUUCCCAUUCCGCACGUUCGCAAUGUCCAUGUCCUUUUUUACGUUACUUAUCGUGUCCUACGUAACACACUAUCUGUUCAUCACGGGCAAACUUAGGAAGCACCUCGAUGUCUUUCAGUGCGUCGUCAACAUUCCGGAGCUCCACCGCGAGAAGUACGACGCGGUGGACGGCGAGAACCUGCAGCUGAAGACGAUAAAAACGGACGGCCCCGUGGACGGGGUGCAGCCCGGUUCCGUCGACAUCCUCCAACGAGACAAACUCCUUGAUCUUGGCCGCAGUAUCAUUCCAGAAUCAAUAUCCAAAGAGCCUCUUAAGGAUGCCCUUGAUGACUCACCAGUGACGACGCCGGAUUCACCGGAAUAGCACCAGCAGUCCUAGGUUUUAGUCUAUUGAAUUGCAGAUGAAUUGUACUAUGUGCGUUUAUGUGAGAAUGAGAGAUAACUGAAGAGGUGACAUGGGAGAGUGUGUUUGCGCGUGUGUGUGUGAGAGAGAGAGAGAGAGCAUGAGAGUUCUUAUUGAUAUAUCUAAAAGUCACAAAGAUGAAUCAGUAACAUUUUGUAAGGUUAAGCAUUGGUACUUUCAAUAAGGCUUUUUCGUAUUACAAACUUGAAGCCAUGCAAAUAAUAUUGAUCCUGUUGUUUAGGGUACAUUGUCUUCCCUUUACAUGUAUAUAAAAAGAGCCAUCUUUAUAAAGUGAUUUCAACAAAAGUCAUCAAAAACUAAUCUACCUUAAUCUGGCUUCAGUUAUUAAGGAAUUCAGUCCAAGUCACAAUUAGAGUCCCCUUGAGCAGAAUGUUUUUUUUUUCUCUAUCUCACUUUGUAUGAAUUAGCUUUUUUUAUUAAACAUUCGUGUUUAGGAAUCAAUUCAAAAUGUGCUUGGCGGUCAUCGAUAAUCGUUGCACCACUUACUAGCAUAGGAAAUGCAUGUAUUCAAUUGGCCAUUAUUCUGAAGUCGGGUUCAAUUCAAAAUCAGGUCUGAAGUUGUGGUUUAACUAUGGAGGGCCUAUUGUGACAUAAAUCUCUAACAGUAGAGGUUCAUAAUAUCAGCUCUUUUGACUGUUAUAUCAUUCUUAACUGUCUGGGAAGGACAAAUAAGAUAUUUUUUUCACUAUGAAAGAAUUAGGAAAGAGCACAGUAAACAUAAGGAACAUACCAUGUGAACAAAUGUUGACAUGUUUGGCUUCCAAUAAUUUUAGCACAGAGUUAGACCAUGGUCUAAGUUAAGCUCGAGUUCAGAAUACGGACCAUUUAUUUUUUUGAUUACUGCAGUAAUCCAGCAUGCAGAAUACAAGCUAAAGCGCUUUACAAGUCUGACAUGGACCACUACAUAAUGAUUCACUAACAACUGAAAUCUAUUUUAAGAAGCUCAUGGCCAGUAAAAUUGACCCUAUCUCAAUUAUCAUAGAUUGUAGCACUAUUCACUAACAACUAAAAUCAUUUCUUACAAACAAAUGCGAUUGGUGUAGAGUGUUAUCUCACUUUCAUAGUGUAGAACUUUGAGAAUUUUUUUAAAUCCAAUCCUUGAAUCUUAUAUAUUUGAUUAUGAAUCCCCUAUAGAUUUUAUUUUAGCAGUUAGUGAACUUCCCAUCCUCAAUCGAUAAUGUUUUUUUUAUACUGAUACCUUAAUCUGCCAACAUUCCUAUGACUCAGUAACUAAUAGCAUUUCCAUACUGUUAGUGUAUAACUUACAAGCAGUCAUACAUCAUUUGAGCACCCUCUCUGUCAUUAUUUAUUAAUAUGUUUUUAAGGUUUAUGACUGCUCCAGUUGAUGCUGAUGUGGUUCAAACAAUACAUUCCCAAGAAAGCAUUCCUUUCUUUCAGAAAAAAUAUAAAGAGUGAACCGUUUUAUUUGGUUCAUUUGCAUUUUGGGCGCUCAUUGUACUAGGGUUUUGUCUAAAGAAAACUUUAACAAGACAUUUUUUUUUGCAAAGUUUGAAUUUUUAUAUUCAGAUUGGUUAAAACAUCAAGUUGCGUUUAAUUGCAAUUAUUUCUGCAGGGGGUUUGUUUUUGUUUAUUACUCUCCUUCUUUCAUGUAGAGUGGCGUAAAACAAGAUUACAUAAUUUAUGAAGUAAUGGGAUUUCUUAGGUAUCUUUGUUAUCAUUUUAAUCAAUUUGCCUUCCCUAAAUUGGCAACGGUUAAUCAAGAAUUACUAGAUAAACUAUUCAAAGCAUAAGAAUUGUAUUGUCUAGAGAAAUAGAUUUCUGUCAUUCACAUGGCCUACAAUGUUGCUUCAAGUAAUUCACUAGACCUGCAAUGUUUCUUUAAGAAUGUGGGGGCAGAUAAUGGUAAUAUUGGAUAUCAUUAGGAACCAAAGACUUAAUAAUCAUGUUUGUUGGACAUUGGAGAUAUAUGCAAGUAGCCUAAAUUUGGGGGCGCUUCCGUGGUGUCCCCUAUUUGAAUGAUCUUCGCCAGUGUCAUUUAUGCAUGUUCAUUUUUGUUCAAUGUGAGAUGAAUUAUGCACAGUAAAUGAUUCCGUCGAGAAUCCUAUACGGGGGUGUUUCAAGAAACUUAUUUUCAAUCGAUUACAGAUUUCUAUAGUAAAUGUGCCAUUAAUGGAUGAAUUUUUAACUGUAGAAAUCAGUUUAUACUCAGUUGCAUGAGGCAGACUAGUAAUCCAUUGUAAAUUCGCAUUUUGCGAUUGAGUACAAGAAAUGAAUAAUUAAGGACCUAUGAUUGACUUGCAAUCAAUCGCAAGUUUCGUGGAAACCACCCCUAAAAUGAUAUGUACUAAAUGUAUUUUUGUGUGUGUGUAUAAAUAUUUAUACAUAUAUCAAUGAGAGUUUGCAAUCUAAUGUACAGAGAAAUUAUAGAUAGAGGUCCGAAGCAAGUGUUCCUAUAAACGUUAUAUUUUGGUUGUGCUUUCAUUGUUGCUUUGUCAUUUAGACAUUUCAUUUGAACGGAACAUCUCAGAAAAGAUAAUGUGGGCUUUUUUUUAUUUGUACUCCAUGAAUGCCAUAUUUUUUUAUUAUCUCAGCUUUGUUAAACAAUCCAAGUAUGUAUUAAUGUGGAAUAAUUCCUGUUUUGAUAUUGUAUUUCAUCCUUUGUGAGUCGUGUCUAUGACUAUUGCCAUAUGCACAUGUAUACCGUACAUGUACAUGAUAAACUAAAACCUGCUACGGUUUCUUUUCUUUUAUUAUCUAUUUAUCUGCAGUUUUGCCCCUCAAAUGUUGAAUUGUAUUGAUUCCUCUUAAUUCUGGGACCAAGCUUUCUUUAAAAGCUAAGGAGCAGACCAAUGUGAUUCGUUUUAUGUACCAAAUAUCUAGAUUAUGAUUAUGAUGAUGAUGCAUUUGUAUCUAUGCGCCAUGAAAAAAUAAAACAUUCAGAGGUACCAGCUCCCCAAUAGUUACGUCACACGUUAUUCACAAAGUUAGAGGUUUAUGACAAAAGUCAAGGGACUCAGGUCCAUUGAAACAUACACAUUCUGAUAUAGUUAAAUCUAAGAAAAUUGUCAUUUCGCCUCUUUAUUUUCAAAAUCCAGGAUCCAACACUAGUCCCAUACAUUCAUAAACCUGUUGGAGACUGGAGUCCAUGGAGAACAUGUGUUAUAGCGGAAUCGUUUAGCUUUUAAUGAGCUAGGUACCUUGAACUGGACCAAUUCGUAAGAAAUAUCUGUUCUGAAAUGGAGAUGUCCAAGAUCUAACAUUUAGGAUGGUUUUAGCCCCUGAUAGGUAUAUACAUAGCAACAUCAGUUUGCAUUUUAAUUUUGUAAUUGUUAAUUAUUAUUCGUAAAACUGUUUCAUUUGUUUUUUUUAUGAAUUGAAAAUGGAAUAACAAAUAUAUGAAAUGUUUUGUCACAAAUUAAUUCAUAUGAAAGCCUGAACACUCCUAUUCUGACAAUCAGAUUUUGUGACAGAUCCAUGAUAAUUGAAUUUUGUGAAAAUUAGUGAUAGGAAACCAAGGAACGCCACGUAUUUCAUAAAGAAAUAUCCAUUCUGAAGAAUUAUUUAAUUCAUUUAUUUUUAUUUCUUUUUAGUAAUUUAUCAAAUACCAGUGACAUACUUAUAAAUUGUUUUUUAUAGAUUAGAAUAGAUAAGACAGUGGGUUCCAAUUCUAGUGUAGAAUGAUCUUGUUAACAGUUCAUUUUUGUUAUUUGAAUAAUUGAAAAUGGAAUAACAAAUAUAUGAAAUGUUUUGUCACAAAUUAAUUCAUAUGAAAACCUGAUUUCUCCUUUUCUGACAAUCAGAUUUUGUGCCAGAUCCAUGAUAAUUGAAUUUUGUGAAAAUUAGUGAUAGAAAACCAAGGAACGCCACACAUCUCAUAAAGGAAUAUCCAUUCUGAAGAAUUAUUUAAUUCAUUUAUUUUUAUUUCUUUUUUUGUAAUUUAUCAAAUACCUGUGACAUACUUAUAAAUUGUUUUUCAUAGAUUAGAAUAGAUAAGAUAAUGGGUUCCAAUUCUAGUGUAGAAUGAUCUUGUUAACAGUUCAUUUUUGUUAUUUGAAUAAGUGCAAAUGAAUAUACCAUAGAAAUCAAUUCCAUUUUAAACUCAUUUUUAUCAUAGAGAUCAUAGUAAUUUGUAAAUUAUGUUAUAGGUAAUCGACAUAUCUAUAUUUUGUCAAAUUGGUGAAAGUAUUGUUUCUUCAUAGAAUGUAUAUUUUGAAUUUUAGAUUUCAAAAGAUAUGUGAUGUGUAAAAACAUAUUGAUAUAUUUAAUCUGUACAGAAUGGUAUAAUGGUUAUAUUUUCCUGGAACUGUUUGAUGGUGUAGACUUUGCAAUGUUUUAUAUGCAAAAAAAAGAUGUCUGUGUUUUAGGUGUAAAUGCAUUGGUUUGAAAUGAACAUUUGUGACAAAGUCAAACCGCUUUCCUACUCCUUGUGACGGGCAAUAAUCGUGUGAUUUUAGCAUGUGCUUUAUAUGCAAUCUUUCCCUAUUCUUUGCAAUCAUGUAUAUCAUCACAUUAAUAUUUUCCGUUUUUAGUACUGUGGAGAAUCUAUUUUAAUAAAAAUCUUUGUCUGCAUCAGACGCUAUUUUGCGUGACAUUUUAAAGUUACUCCGGGAAACGUGGCAGGUAUAAUCAUGAACCAUUUAUGAUAUCAUUCCUAUCCUUUUUUUAAAAACAAAUAUUGUUUCUGCUUGUUUUUAUUUCCAGUACCGUGUAAAUGGAAUUUAAGAAUUUACCAAUAAAUGCUGUAUUCCCUCCUAUGUGUCAACUUUUCUCUCUAAUAAUUUAAUAUGUAUAUAGAGCUUUUGUUCGGCAAUUUCCAUGAGUUAACUAUUGUGAAAGAUGAUUUAUUGCCAAUUUGAGGAUUAUAAUUGCAAUUUAUGGUAUCGAUCAUGCAAAACAAAGUUGUAAUGGUAUUUGUCAGGGGUUUCUUUUUUUUAUUAUUUUACUCACUUAUAUUUCAUUAGUUUUAUUAGCACUCCAUAUUUUGAUAGAAGACUUUUUAGGGCUUUAAAUUGUAAUUUUUUAGCCAAUCACUCGAAAAAUACUUUUUUGAAAUUGACCUUGUAAAAAGGAUUAGGCAUUAAGUAAGUCAAAGCAAUUUUUAAAAGAUUUCUGUAACUUGGCUUAUUGUCAACAAAGUGAAAAUUGAAUAUUCGAAGACAUCUGUAAGCUAGGUAUUAUGGAAGCACAUUCUAUCAUUACUUAUGCAGGGAUGCCCUUUUCGAACAGAAAAGGUUGAGUUGUUUCAAACAUAUUUUCAGACUUUUGGAUCAAUUAUAAGUGGGAUCCCUGCUGAUGUAGAUUUCAAUGAUGAGGAACAUCAUAUUUCUCAAAUAUUGAUAUCAUUAAAAAUGAGGUUUCUUUUGACAAACUGAUAUGCAAUGAUGUUUGCCAACAUAUUGAAAUAUUUUUAAAUCAACAUUGAAGUAAAGUGCAAUGAUAAAGAUACAGGGUAAUGAAAUAUCUAUUGCAUAUUGAUCUAAAUUGGAAGAAUCUAUUCUUAGUACUUAUCUAUUGACUGGCACAUUAACAAUUCAUUCAGCCCGAACACUUCCGUGGCAACGUCCCCCUGGCUGCAAUCAACUAUACUUAAUUGUUUUGUACAUUCCAUCUGUAGUAGCCUGUGUAUACGACCAUGAAAGUUCAUCUCUGUUAGUUGAAGAGAAUAAAGUUAAACUUUUGAUCUCAACAAGAAAAAAUCUUCUCUCAGCAAGGAUGGAGGGCGAUACAAUUGGCUUCCAAAUAUCUAUGACCCAAUCAUCAAUCAUUACAUCACUAAGGUCUAAUUGGGUCACAUCGCUGAGGAAGGCUGCGUUCAAGAAAAUUUGAGGUAAUUCUCUGAGAUUGUUCUUGUGUUGAGAUCAAAAGUUUUAAUUGAUAUUAGUCAUUAAUGAUGACUAUUAUACAUCCAUUUUCCAAUGUUUCCUCUUCUUCCUCUCUCACUUCCUUUCUUCAUCCCUUUCCUAUUCCUGCCAUCCCCCCCACCCUCUCUUCCUACCUAUGGGCAAGUCAAGACUUCCCAUUUGGCUAAAUACCCCUUCCCCACCCCCACCCCCC